UGGAAAUGGGCGGAAGUCGCAGUUACGGAAAAAAAACCCUAAAACCAAGAUUUCUGUAGCCGUUCCUGAGGAUACGGCGAUCACGCUGAGGGAAGGCAGAUAUGAAAGAUGAAAAAUGACCCUCCUCAAGCAGGCGUCCCAACCUCACCAAGCCCGAAAUUAAAUAUGAGGAUAAGUCUUUGGGCUGGAAUGUAACAGGCACCAGAAGAUCUCUGCUGUUUCCAGGUUUAGGGCUUUUGACCCACGUUGGACAUCCCAGAUCCUUGUUUAAUGAAUUGCUCUUGUUGCUAGUGGCCCCCAAAGCAGAACCUCACAUGAUCUGUCGGUAAAGAAGAAAGUCUCCUUUUAAAAAAUUCGCACUCCACUUCCAAACUCUAGUCUAUUAAUACGGCUGUAGAAAUAAAGGCCUCUCUGUCUUGUGUAGAUCUCACUGCAUAAUGACCUGUUUGUCUGGUAUUCGAAGUUUUCCUAAACUUUGGAAGAGCAAGCCAUACUUUGGAGUUGGUCCAGGGCACUCUUACCUCUCUCUCUUUCUCAGAGGCAGUGGCAUUAAGAACCAACAGAGGUCUUUUUCUCUUAAAACUAUGUCUCUGCAAAAUACCAAAGCAGUGAAUAUGCUGGCUGCCAAAGGUAGAUUUGUCAAUAAAGGAGACAAAGAGAGUAUUAAGCGAAUUUCUGCUCGUCCUUCUCAUCUUUUUGCUGCUGGAGAAGCUAAGAAGAGAUCACAGAUGAAUCCUUCCGAUCAACAUCAAACCUUGUUACCCAAGAAGAAUAAUAUUGAACUCCCAACAAAACCACUGAGUUCAGAGGAGUGGGAUAAACUUAAGGAAGAUUACACAGGAAAGAAUUUUGAGAACUGGAUCAGUGCACAGAUGUCUCAAAACCACAGCUCUGUAGAUGUGGCUAAAUCUCUUUUGGCAUGGGUAGCAGCAAAAAACAAUGGUAUUGUAGGCUAUAAUUUGUUGGUCAUGUAUUUGCAUCUCUGUGUCUUCCACAAGCAGACAUCAGAAGUUAUUGAUGUCUAUGAAAUCAUGAAAGCCAGAUACAAGAGUUUAGAACCUGGGGCUUACACUCUUCUCAUCCGGGGAUUAAUCCAUUCAGACAGAUGGAGAGAGGCCUUCCAGGUAUUAGAAGAGGUAAAAAAAAUCAUGACACCUUCAGUAAGGAACUAUGAUGACUGUAUCCAGGGAGCCCUCCUCCAUCAAGAUGUGAACAUGGCAUGGAAUUUCUAUGAGGAAUUGCUAAGUCAAAAAUUUACUCCUACAUUGGAAACUUUAAAAUCUUUCUUUGAUUUUGGAAAAGGCAUAAAGGAUGAUUACUAUUCCAACAAACUACUAGACAUGCUUUUGUAUUUAAGAAAUAACCACCUGUAUCCUGGGGAGUCACUUGCCCACAGUAUAAAAACAUGGUUUGAGAGUAUUCCUGGAAAACAAUGGAAAGGACAAUUUACUACAAUCCAGAAAAGCGGCCAGUGUUCAGGCUGUGGAAACACCAUAGAGUCUAUUCAUCUGAGUCCAGAAGAUUAUGACUUUCUCAAGGAAAAAAUCAUGAGGGAUGUAAUAGAUGGAGGAGAUAGAUACAGAAAGACAACACCUAAGGAGCUGAAGACAUUUGAGAACUUUAUAAAAUCCUGUCCUCCUUUCGAUAUUGUUAUUGAUGGGCUCAAUGUUGCUAAAAUGCAUCCGAAAGCCCGAGAAUCUGAGUUUCUCUUGGAAGUGGUAUCUCUGCUGGCCAAACAGAAUCUACAACUGCUGGUGCUGGGCCGGAAGCACAUGCUAGCCCGAAAUUCCCGGUGGAGAAGCAGUGAGAUGGAAAAGGUGCAAAAGCAAGCCUAUUGUUUUUUUGCUGAUGAUAUCUCAGAGGAUGACCCAUUCCUUCUGUAUGCCACACUGAACUCGGGGAACAACUGCCAGUUUAUCACAAACGACCUGAUGCGAGAUCACAAGGCCUGUCUGCUUGACACCAAGACCCAACGGCUGUUCUUUAAGUGGCAGCGGGGACAUCAGCUGGCAAUUAGGAGUGUGUUUCCAGGGUCACAUAUAACUUUUCAGCCUGUUCUCAGCUAUGACACGGUAGUGCAGACGACUGGCGACUCCUGGCACAUCCCGUAUGAUUCAGACCUGGUGGAGCGGUACUCCUAUGAGGUACCCACAAAGUGGCUGUGCCUCCACCGCAGGACUCGAUGACCUCCGCCUGCACUGGUGCUUGGGCUCUCCUGGCCGCACUCUGCUCUGAGGCCCGCGCUCAUUUAGGCCAUUUCCUCCCUCUGAACACAGAAGUUUAUGAACACUGUUUGCUCUAGGUACUUUAUGUUAGCAGGUUGAUCCCAGCUGGUGUUGCCUCAAAACUUGGUGUUGAGAACUCAUCCAGAAUUGGAGCAGUCAGAGCACAAGAAGCCUGUGUUUCUCCUCCAGCUUCACUGUUCUGCAACUCCAUUUUGCUACUUGCACCUUCUAGUCCCACCGUUUCUUCUUCAUUUUAGAAUUCAAAUUAUAAACAAUUUUCCAAAUUGCAUCACCACUUUGCAAACUUUUUUUUUAAGUUAGAGUCUUGGGCUGGGGAUUUAGCUCAGUGGCACAAGUGCUUGCUUGGUAAGCAUGAAAUUGUGAGUUGGAUCCCCAGUACCAAAAAAAAAGGGCAGUCUGGCCCUAAACUUUUAAGGGUUAGAUUGAUCCUCCUGCUUCAGCUUCCUAAAUAAAUGGGGCUACAGUCAUGCAUUACAGCACCCAAUUUUUUCAUUUCAUCAGUUUUAAUUUAACAACCUGCUUAAAUUUUAACUUCUGCCUCUCAGUUAAAGCCUCUUGCUAGCCAACUCAUGUCACUGGCCCCAGGUUUCAGCAUAAAAAUGUCUAUGUCUGCCCUCUAUGACACUUCCUUCCUUACCCAUUUAUAGGAUAUGAGUUAAUAUUCAAGAACAGGCAAAACUAAGGCUGACAAUGUAGUUCAGCAAUAAAGCACAUGUCUAGAAUGGUCAUGGCCCUGGGUUUAAUCCUCCUAACUGCAAAUAUAGGCAAAAACCAGAUGGUAUGGAAAAUCCGGUGGUAGAAAGUUCUGUACACUGAUAACAUAGGUGUGUGUAUACAUUAAUCCAAAUCCAUCACACUGGGAUAUGGAUAUGGUAGUACAUACAUGUAAUCCAGGCUACUCAGAGGCUGACAAGACUGCAUGUACAAACAAGACUGUCUCAAAAUGAAACACAGGAAAGAGACUGGGAAUGUAGCUUAGUGGUAGAAUACUUGCCUAGCAAGUACAGGCUCCUUGGUUGAGUCCACCCCUCCCCAGUACAGCCAAAAGAAUUCAUUACACUGAACACUGAAAAUCAGUGCCUUGGCAUGGAUGUAGAUAGACACAGAUAUAUCCAUCACUCUGGGAGACUGAGGCAGAAGGAUGACCCAGCAUGGGUAAUUUAACCACUUACUUCAAAAUUUUAAAGAAGGGCUGGGGAAGCAGCUCAGUGUGCAGGCCCUGGAUUCAGUUCACAAUGCCAUAAAAUCAUCAUCAUCAUCAUCAUUAUCAUCACCACUUAAUAGUAGGCCUGAGGGUGUAACUCAAAAUGAUUCAAUAUUCAGUGUCACCAAAAAACAAACAAAACAAAAACUAUGCCCCAGAUUGAUAGAAUUUUUCAAGUCACGAAUAAUGAAGGCUUUGAAAGGACAUUGAUUCUGCCACUUGAAACUGAGAAGGGGAUUUACUUAGGGGAUAUUCUGUAGAAAUUCCUAAAGUAUUCUUAAAAUACUUUGUUCUUCCCUCUGGUGUUCUGAAUUUAUCCUGUUUUUUCCUCUUGCAUUUCUCAGACCCAAUAAAGAGCAAAUUUUACAAGAAAAGCCAGAA